AUGGCAUCACCAGCAACAUCAAGUACAGACGACGUUAAUGAACUUAUUCAAAAGAUGAAUAGAAAUAAUAUUUUCUCUCCACAAUUAAAAAAUCCAGAAGAAUUAGUAGCAGAACCACGAAUAACAGAAACCGGUAGUCUUCGUCCACCUCGACCACAAAACGCAUUCUUUUUGUUUCGUAAGAAUGUAUUGGCUGAAGCGAGACGCUUUAGCGUGCAGAAUAUGCGUAUAAUUUCUAAAGUAGCUAGUAUUCUUUGGCAACAAGCAACCAAUAAUGAAAAACAGAUGUACAAAGAUUUAGCGAAUAAAGUUUCUGUAUUGCAUCGUCAACGCUAUCCAAAAUUUCGCUAUACCGAAAAUUAUCAACGAACGCGAUUCCGGCGUCACUUUUUACCGAACGCUCCUCCUUCUCCUGAUUCAAAUAACUCAAAUGAUGCAAUCGAAAUUGGUGGUAUAUAG